AUAUCUGAAAGUUCUCACCAAAGCUUUGACAAAUGUUAUAUAAACUAUGAAAUAUCAUCUUGUACUGAAAACGAUGCUGACCUUGCUUUAUUCUCUAGUGAGUAUAUGAUUGAUAAAUUGCCUAUAUUUGGAAAUAUUAAUAGAGCUAGUAUAUAUAAAAGUGAUGCUUUAAGAAAUAAGCCUGAUACUUUGGUUGUAAGUAGAUAUGUUGAGGUAUCUAAAAGUAAUAAUUUUAAAAAUGAGCAUAGUGCUUUGUCUGUUAUUGAAAAUAUUGGAGAUGAUAUAUCUAAAGAUGAUUAUUCUGAAAAUAAGCCUAAAGAUAGUUCACUAAAAGAGAUCUAUAGUGAACAGAUCUUUACUUCUUUUGAAGUUCUUGAAAGAUGCUUAAAACGUUAUUCACUCUGA